CCGAUGCAAAAGCAAACGUGUUGUGUUAUUCACUGCCACAAUCGUUCACACGAUCGCUUCGGGAAUAAAAAGGAUGGGGUGACAUUUUUCUCGUUUCCAACGUGGAAGCAAAGCCAAGGAGCUCUGAUCUGUGAGCUAACAAAGAGACGCCGAAUGGCCUGGAUAGCAACCGUUAGACGACCAAACAUCUCUUUCAACGCCAUCCCCCGACACAUGUUGGUUUGUUCGCGGCAUUUUCACACUGGGAGACCAGCUGAUGAAAUGGAUGAAAGCCAUCCGGACUGGACUCCCUCAUUACAUCUCGGACACACGGAGGUGGAAACUGCAGAUAACAAGAGACUACAGGUAACAUUGUACGAGCAGGAAGUUUCUCCAAGAGAGAGGGACGAACGACUACGACAACAACUGGAAGCUGUUUGCAAGACUCAAGUUAUGCAACACACCGAAGACAUCCAGCAGUUGAUUGGUCGUCAAGAAGAAUGUCUGCCUCAACCACAGGGUGGGAGCUCCACCUGGGAGCAGGAAGAGGAGGAGCCACAGCCCCCUCUUAUUAAAGAAGAAAAAGUGGAUCCAGAGCCCACACACAUUAAAGAGAAAGAGGAGGGGCCACAGCAUCUUUAUGUUAGAGAAGACAAAGUUGAGCCAGAGCCCACCCACAUUAAAGAGGAAGAGAAGCCACAGCCCCCUCAUAUUAAAAAAGAAGUUGAGCCAGAGCCUACCCACAUUAAAGGAGAAGAGGAGGAGCCACAGUCCCCCUAUGUUAAAGUGGAAGUGGAAGAACUCUCGAUCAGUCAGGAUGGAGAGUGUCUUCUAGGGCCAGAGGAGGCCGAUCUCACCAAGUUGCCACUGACUGUCUCUGUGGUGACCGAAGACCAUGAAAACAAACCACCUGAGUCCUCACAGCUUCAUCACAGUCCAAGUGAGGGAACGAGAGAUGUGGAGCCUUCAAGCAGCAGAUCACCACAACACAUGACAACAGAAGCUGAUGGAGACCACUGUGGAGGAUCACAAGCAGACAACCUCUUAGCUCCACUAUCAGAUAGUGAUGACACAACAUCACACUUUCCUGAGGAUGAAGACAGCGACUACAACCAAGAAUCUUUGAGCAUAGAUACAGACUGUGAAGGUGAUAUGAUGACUCACACUGACAAAAAACGCUCUGAAUGCUCUAAAAAGAAGACAGGUAAACAUUUUAACUGCUCAAUUUGUGAUAAAAGAUUUUCUCGUAAGUGUAAUUUGACUCAACACAUGAGAACGCACACAGGAGAAAAACCUUUCAGUUGUACAGACUGUGGUAAACGCUUCCCUCAAAAACUCAGCAUGCAAUUACACAUGAGAAAACACACAGGAGAAAAACCUUUCAGUUGCUCAGACUGUGGUAAACGCUUCACUCAAAAGGUCAACAUGCAGUUACACAUGAGAAAACACACAGGAGAAAAACCUUUUAGUUGCUCAGACUGUGGUAAACACUUCACUCAAAAAAUCAGCAUGCAGUUACACAUGAGAAAACACACAGGAGAAAAACCUUUCAGUUGCUCAGACUGUGGUCAACGCUUCACUCAAAAGAUCAAUAUGCAGUUACACAUGAGAAAACACACAGGAGAAAAACCUUUCAGUUGCUCAGACUGUGGUAAAUGCUUUACCCAAAAAAUUAACAUGCAAAGACACAUGAGAACGCACACAGGAGAAAAACCUUUCAGUUGCUCCGACUGUGGCAAAGGCUUCACUCAAAAAAUCAGCCUUCAGUUACACAUGAGAAAACACACAGGAGAAAAACCUUUCCAGUGCUCAGACUGUGGUAAAUGUCUCACUCAUAAACUCAGCAUGCAAGUACACAUGAGAAAACACACAGGAGAAAAACCUUUCAGUUGCUCUGAAUGUGGUCAACGUUUCACUCAAAACAUCAGCAUGCAAUUACACAUGAGAACGCACACAGGAGAAAAACCUUUCAGCUGUGCAGACUGUGGUAAAUGCUUCACUCAAAAGAUGAACAUGCAAAGACACAUGAGAACGCACAGACGAGAAAAACCUUUUACUUGCUCAGCCUGCUUUAAAAGUUUCACAAAAGAGGGAAAUUUGGUGUCACACAGAAGAGCGCACACGAGAGAAAAAACGUUUCACGCUGAGACUGUGGUAAAAGCUUCACUCGCGAAGUAAAAUGUGCUAUCACAUGUGAGAACACACACACGAGAAAAAACGUUUAGUUGCUCAAAUUGUGGCGACACAUUUUCUUGGCGGUCCCCUUCGAACAGACACAUGCAGAGUCACUGAUGGCCUACUGUUUGACUCCCAUGCGCUCACUAUGUUUUGCAACAUCAGGUAAAUUCAUUUGUAACAUCUUUAUUCAAUAAAUAUUUCUAACUUUUUAUUAUCCUACAGAAGAAAGACACGGUGACUGAAGUGAUUUAAUUUGUGGUUACAAGUAGUUUAUUUGACUGCAUACUGUCGUCACUAAAUGCUGGAACUGACGAAAUCACUUCCUGUUCGAUACACGUCUGGAUUCGGUCUGGAAAGUAGUAAUGAUUCCUUUCACUCGCUUGAUGUAUUUAUCAUUCACUCAUUGACAUGCAUUGGGUAGAGAGUGCAGAGCGCAUGCACAAUUUCAGGAGGCCUUUGAAGGAUAUGAGUGAGAGCAAAAUAGUAUUUUUUUUGCUCCCCCGCCACCCAACCCCUAUUUUGCACUGAUUUCAUUUCACUCAAAGAAUUGUAUGUAUUAAAAAUGAAUCAUAUUGAUAUUGUAUUAUAUGUUGAUGUAAUGUUCACAAAUGAGUGUGUUAAAACAAAGCAUUUUUGUCAGAUGUUUUAUUCUUAUUAUAACCAUGAUCAACACAUGAAAGCCAAAAUGACAAAAUUAUUCCUUUUCAUUGAAAAAUUGAAUUGAAACGUAAACAGUAUCGGAAUCAAUAUCAGGCUCAAUACUGACUCUGAACUGAUUCGUUGUCAGAUCGAUGGUCUGAUGCUGUAUUUUAUUGUGGGCAUUUUUAAUGCAACACCUAACAGUUUAUGAUGUGUUUGUCAAUAUCUGAGUAUUGAUUUCCAAUGUCUCUGCUGGAGCAUAAAUUGUAUCAUGUUUGUGUUUUAUUUUUCACUACUUGGUUUGGCCAGUAGAGGGCACUACGUGUAACUGCGUGACUGUUUGGAGGAGUUACCGGAAGAAAGCAAGUCUUUACCCUACGUGUUUGCUGGAUUCUGUGGAUUUUAACAAGUUUGAGCACUGGAAUUGUAAUCGAUGAGAUUUGAAUGCAUUGUCAGUAAAGGUGAUAGUAUACGUCUGGAGGUAUUCUGCGGUGCUGAAACGUGACCUGUGCAGCCUCCUUGUGGUCUUGUUGACUGCGAGGGACAUCCUUGAACAAUAUUUGUUAUGCACAAAAUAUUUAGCAAAAUAAACCUGCGUUUAUUGCGUUUCCGGUACGUUUUGCGUAGUGACAUCAUAUACGUAGAAGCUGUGACUACGCAAUAAUACCGGAAACGCAAUCUGUUCUACGCAUGUGCAGAAGGCGCCUACAUCCGGUCGGCCUAUUUUUGGGCAGCUCCAGUUUCGGCAUGUGUCAUCUACGCUAUCGAUCUAUUUUACGGCAGCCCACCCACUCCCUUUUUUCCUUUUAUCGUAUCCAUGGUUGAAGUGGACAAUUUAUAAGCCGUCUUAUCUUAGUUCCAUAAAUUUUGUUUUUAUACACACAAAAGCAUUUGCUAGGAAGAAAUGAUAUUACUUUAUAUGGAUGUUACAAGUGCUCAUCACUCCCGUGACACAUCAGCACACAGCAAUUCUGUCAACAGUCUCUGAUAGUGUAGGGGUCCAUGCUGCUCCCUUGCAAGGCAGGGGCUAAACGUUCGAGCCCAACCAUAACGUUUCUUGAUUCAGGAAAAAAAAGGACGGACAUAAUGGGGGAUGGUACGGAGCAGGCCCAGUCUGAACCAAAGCUUUGGCCCGGUCGAGAGGCUCAAAUUCAAUGACUAUAGACAGUAAUAUUUACAUUAUUGUAUUAUUUUAUUAUGUUCAUCCAUGUUCAAAAUAGCUUUGAUAUCUUUCAAUUAUAGUCAAAAAAUAAUGAGAGAUGGUCUUUAAGGCAUUUUUUAAAAUAUGUUUUUAUUCAAGAAAAACAGUUUUUCCAGUGUCAAUUGGCAUUCAAACCAAGUAAAACGAAAAGCAAAACAAUACUGUAAAUUGAAUUCAUGUAUUAACAUAAUUACUAGCAGCUAUUUCUGAGGAUGUAUUAAAACGUUUAUAUACUGUAUCUGUGUAUUGAUGAGGGGCUUUUCUUUAGUAGGACAAUUCUGUAAAACAAAUACGACAUUUAACCUGCAGAAAAUAAAAUAAAUAUUUUCAACUAAGAGUCACUGAAAUGUAGAUGAAUUCUGUCAGCUCAAGAGGAGAUUAAACUGUUUCAGAGGAACGGGAUGAAAUAAGCAAAUAAAACCAAAUGGCUUAUUUGCUGAUAGAAAAUCACUAAAUGGUCCCACACGCCGAAAAUCAUUCUUUUCUUUCAGUCUCCACGUCACACUGGAUUCAAUGGAUAAAUUGUGCUUUAAAAGAUUUGUUCUUAUGCUGAAACGUUGCACCCCGAUGACAGAAGUCAGACUGGCUUCCUGAUAAAUGCAGUUUCACAGCUGUCAGUACGCAAUACAUACAGUGGCAGACCUAAGGGGGCCUAAGGCGAACACAUCCAUAUGUUCUUUUAACACAAGAAAGCAGGAAAGGCAGCCUCAAAGGCCCCUAUCAACCUUGCACUAAACCAACUUGGGGUGAACAGAUGGGAAGAUAAAAGUUUCAGAUCUUGAUCAGGAGCACGCAAGUGGAGAGUAGGAGAAGGAGGAGGACUAGCCUGAGUCGAAACGCGACUCAAAGAGUCUGAGAGUCAGCUGGUCUCACAGACAAACGCACACGCACUACACGAUAAUGCUGUGUGCAAAAUUUUAAUUUGUAACUUAACUUAAUUGUUUAUAAGUUAGUUUAAGGGCGACUACGAAGAGGAAAGGAAGUUGAAGGGAGAAGCCUGUCAAUCACACAAACUCAUGUAGUGCUGUAUAAGUCAGCCAAUGAGAUGAGAGCGGAGGCGGUGCCCAGAUAAUCAGCCAAUGAGAUGAGAGCGGAGACGGUGCCCCGAUAAUCAGCCAAUGAGAGCGUGAAGCGUCAGAAUUUCUGGAUCAUUUCCUGCUUGGUUUCUAUCGACAACUUUUCCCUUUUUUUCUUAUCACUUACACUUGGUUUAGGGCCCAUGAUUACGGUAAUUUUAACACAAAGAAAAGUAAAAAAAUUAAGAGAUUUCAAUGCGUGCAAACUAGUUUAAGAGCAACUACGAGAGGUUGAAGGGAGCAGCAUGUCUCACACAAACACACGGACGUGCUGGAUAAGUCAGCCAAUGAGAUGAGAGCGUAGGCGGUUCCCCAGAUAAUCAGCCAAUGAGAGCGUGAAGCGUCAGAAAGCGUCACCAAGCGCUAAACAAAUCGAAUUUCUGAACUUGCACCGACUUGACGCUUUACGUUAUAUGGAAUUUCUUCCGUAAUAUGAUGCAAAAACUGUACAUAAAUUCUUUACAUUCAGUGGAAUUUACGUAAAACGAGGUUUAUGUAAAUUAGGAGAAGUAGCGUAUGACCUGAGAAGAGAUCAACUUAUGUUGACAUACUGGAGUAGACUUAAAGGAUGUAGGCAUGGACAUCUGGACAAGAAUGUGGUAGAGGAAUGUUGGGAGUAUAAUACAACUAAAAGUAAUAGCUUUGGGUGGGUAAUUAAAGAUAAAAUGGAUAAAUAUAACAUAAAAAAUAUACAUAUUAAAAAUUCUACACCCAUAAGUAAUAUUCCCAUUUCCAAAACCUGGAGUAGAUGUAUAUAUAUCAUACUGUAGUUAAAAAAUAACUGGAAAGAUAGUGAAAAAGGACAUAAGGCAAGUCAAUAUAUUAAAAACAAAUAUUAUAGUUACUUAGAUAUGUAUACAGAUGGAUCAGAAAGCGAAGAAGGGAAGGUGGGGAUUGGAAUCUAUGUACCAUCAAUGAAUUAUAGCAUCAUUAAAAGAUUACCAGAACAGCUCUCAGUUUAUACAGAAAUGCAGAAAUGAUGGCAAUUAUUAUAGGCUUGCAAUGGAUAGAGGAAAUAAAAGCAGAUAGAGUGGUAUGUUGUGUGGACUCUCUGGCAGCAUUAUAUAGUAUUAAAAAUAUGGAAUCAAGUCGAGAGGAUUUAUUAUUAGAAAUACAUCAAAGCUAUUCGAAUUACGUAUGUUAAAAAUAGAAAUAAGAUUCUGCUGGGUGCCUGCACAUGUAGGGGUGGAGGGGAAUGAGGUGGCAGAUAAAAUGGGAAUUAGAAGGAAUGAAAUUAUAAAUAUACCUGCUGGUAAAGGCAAUAAUCAAAAAACAAAUGAUGGAGAAAUGGCAAAAUAGGUGGGGCGAUGGUAGUAGCGGGAGAAAGUAUUAUAAAGUACAAAAAUCUAUCAGUGCAAAAGGGGUGAAGAGAAAAAACAGAAAAGAGGAAAUAGUGUUAACUAGGAUGAGGCUCAAUCACACCGGGUUCAAUGACAAGAUGUUUUUGAUGGGGAAAUGUAAAUCAAAAGUAUGUAUGGAAUGCAAAAGUAUAGAGAACGUAGAACACAUAUUACUACACUGCAAGAGAUAUAGGGAAGAACGUGUAACGUUAAGGAAAAGAAUUAAGAAGAUAGGAAGGGAAUGGAGCAUUGAGGGUAUCUUAGGAACAGGUGGGGAGGGGGUAAGAGAUAUACAGAGGGCAGUGAUAGAAUAUUUGAAGGACA